CACCGAAGUGUAGAUAUCCUUUGUAUUCCUUAAGCUUCCGGGCCCAACGUCUCCUCGGUGCAAUGGGCGUUAGUUAGGAAUGUGCAAACGUUGGAUUUAAUUCUCAGCGGGAUUGUCUGUGCCAUGUUUGUGUUCUACGCACCGAUAGAAAGUGAAGCGUAACCCAAAUUGCAUCGGCCAGGGAAGCGAGAAAACAACCAUUUGGGGUGAUUAUUGAAACCGCACGAACGGAGGAAGCUUUUCCUCGCGGUGUAGAAUAUGACGGAUGUGGAAGAGUCAAUAAAGGUGCGGUUGGAUCAAGAGACUGCGAAUCGCCUACAGAAUGAACAUCCGGAGCAGUUUGUUACGCUGGUCCGGAUGCACCUGUCGUUCGAACUGGACCUCAAUACCGACACCGAAAACGAUCCAACCGGACUAGAUAAGCAGAAGAUUAAAAAAUGGAAAGGAUUCCACAAGAAAGCCAAAGGAUGUACGUCGGUGAAGGCGGUAUCGCCGGAAGCGGCGAAAACGACUCUGACGAAGGAGAACAUAGAAGACCUGAAACAGUUGAUAGCGUUCCUCGAGAUGGAAGAAAAUAUUUCUCAGGAAGGAAUCUUCCGUAAAACCGGUUCCGUUUCGCGACAAAAUGAGCUAAAGAACUUGCUUGUUCAAAGCACCCCAUUUUCAUUAGACCAGGGCGACUACACGGCACACGAUUGUGCAAGUGUGCUGAAAAGUUUCCUAGCCGAUCUCUCCGAACCGCUCCUAACGGAGCUCUACUACCCCGCCUACUGUCAGGUGGCCGAUUUGUUCCACUCCAAGGACGCCCAGUUGGUCCGACGAGAAGAUCGUCUGCUGAACGCCCUACAGUUACUGUUGUUGUUGCUUCCCGAGGAAAACAACACGCUGCUUCGUUGCAUUAUCGAGCUACUAAAUCGCACAAUUCAGUACGAGGCCACGAACAAGAUGUCCGCCGAAAAUCUGGCCACCCUCUUCACGCCUCAUCUUAUUUGCCCACGGAAACUUGGCCCCGAGGCUCUGCACACUACGGCCCAGCAAAUGUCCGGCAUCGUUGGGUUCAUGAUUAAAACCGGCCUGCGCCUGUUUCACAUCCCGGCCAAGCUGGCGACCGACAUACGGGCGUACUUUGUGGAACAGAAGCGCCGCAAAACAAUGUCCCCCGAGCACAUCCUUAACGAGUCGACCACGUCCGAUUCGGUAGCGAACACCGUGUACACGUUCGUCGAUCGGGAGAAAACGGCCGAGGCCCACAUCAUGAACUCCACCGAUACGGCGCUGGCGCAGCUGUACGCGCACAUCCAGAGUUUGCCGGAAUCGUCGAAAAAGAAGAAGCUGGUGAGCAAGUUCAACCGCCAGAAUGGGUACGGUACGCCACUGCAGGUGCUGAUGUUGAGGGAGAAAAAUGCAGCCGGAGGUUCGGCCGGGUCGGUUGGUACCGGAAGUGCCGGCGGGAUGAAGUAUCCACGGUCGAUCGGGGAUUCGAUUAAGCGCCACAUUUUCCACAAGUCACUGAUGUCCCGAACUCCCAAGCGAGGCGCUGGAAGUGGCAGUCAAACACCGGUAACGUUUCAGACGCCUAACGGAGCCAACUACAGUGGUCCGAAGCAGCGCGUUCUUUUCCAGAGUCCUAUCUCGUCCUCUCCUUCUCCGUCCAGUGGCAGCCCAGCGUGCUUGAAACGCUGCUCCUCGGUGUCAUCAUCCUCAUCGUCAACAUUGUCCCUUUCUUCGGUGGGCAACGGUGGAACGCCACAGUCGCAGCAGAAAGCAACUGGUGGUGUAGUACCGGCCCGAACGUAUAGCUCUGGAAGUAGCACUAGCACUUCCAGCAGUACCACAAGCGAUCACCAACCGGAACGGGAUCAAAAACGUCGAUCUUCCGGUGAGCCAGAUGAACGAUCAAGCACAAAAGGAUGUCCCACGAAGGAUUCGGAAUCGGGAGCAUCGGAAAGGAAACGAUCGCGCGUGGAGAAAGCCGACGAACCGAGUCGACCGAAAUCCGCUCCGAUGGUGCGUUUUGGCGGUGAUAUCGUUGCCUGCGAGAUGCUGGAAGACGGUGAGCCACCACCGCCGGAAGAUGAUGAAGAUUUCGUCGAGCAGGAAGAUGACGACAUUGGCGAGGAAGAGGAUAACGUCCGAGAGGAUCAUCGACUGCACCGUAUUCGUCAUGGUUGUGCAGGGAGAGCAUUCAACGACGAAGACGAUGAUGAUGGUGAAGAUUAUUUUUCAAACGAUGAGCUACUGCUGGCCGGUGGAGCUAGGGACGAUUUCGAGGCGGACGAAGAAGAAGAGGACUGCGAGCGGACAUUGCGUUUAAGCGACAUUGAGGAAGACCGGUACACGAUCUCACCCGGUACCGGAUCUUCGCUGGGUGACACACGCUCUCGGUAUCGCUCGGAACCGAAUCUCAGUGCGAUCGUGUACCAAAAACACCACCGACGGGAGCAAGCGACAAAUCACCGUCUACACGCGGAACGUACGGUCGAUGGGGCGAAACCGAAAACACAACCCGCAUCCGGCCCGACGAAGGCUCGGAUGAAUAUAAACUUUUUCAAGAACAAACUCAUCAAAGGAGUGUCGAUGGGCAAUCUACGGUUUCCGUUCGGGAACGACAGCAAGGCGAGCAAGAAGAACAGUCGAUCAAGUGAACUAUUGUUGAAUUCGCCCGCUACGAAGCAACUCGUCCCAGCGAAGCCAUCAAUUGGCACCCUUAUCGAUUAUCCGACCUCAUCGCGUUCCCCUUCAUUACCCUCCACCGUAACCAGUACGGUGCAACUGUACGCCGAAAGUCCGGCUGAUCGGCAGCGCGGAUGGAAUGGUAAAAUAGAUCAGCUAGAACCGACAACGGUGGGUGGAUUGGGGGGCAGCUGGGCGUCCACCUAUCUGUCCAGCACACCCGGGCCUGCAAACGCCCUAGGGGGGCGGAAUUCCAUGUCCCCUAUCACGAAAAGUACACAAAGGAUGCCAAAAUCCAUGCAGGAAUCGAUCAUGACGCCACGUUCCCGCAAGCCGGUCGUACUGCUAGGAGGGAUGAAUGGAAACGAUCAGCAGCAACUUUCAACGACUUGCGCUAGCUUUUCCAGCCUCCGGGAGGAGGACGAAGAGGUGGAUCUGGAGCCGAUCGCCGGAUCAUCGUCCGGAACCAUCUCGACCGCAUCUUCGUCAUCGUCGUUAUCGUCGCACGUCGAUCCAAACCUUAAGAUGCUCCUCAACGACACCGGCCUGCCCCGGAUCGCGGACGAGGUGGGACUGCCGCCAGUGAUACCGCUCCAUUCGACAGGUAACAUGGCUGAUGGUUGUGGCAAUGGUGUUGGUAUGGGUGGUGGUUCCACGAAGCAUGGGGAUCAUGAGUCCAGCUCGUUGACGAGCACCUUUCGAGAUUACCUGCUCAGUCGCAGUGUGAUGCCAGAAAGUCCCGCUGACCUGUCGUUUGCCAGCCAGUCGGAUGAUUUCGAAUCGUCAUCGGAGCGACUCGAACAGCUCAGUGAGUCGAAGAUGAGUGAAAGUUUGCUGUACUGCAUGAACGGUAACGAUCCACCGAAAGAUGAUGUUACCGAAGCCACCGCGGACAAAGGGGCUCGGAAGACGGUGGCCGUUUUUCCGGGCUGUGAUUCCGAGCUAGACGAGACGGCUCUCUAGUUUCGCAGUUCAUCUAGGUAUUGUUCAUCCGAACGUUUUUUUCCCAACAUACGGAGAAAGGAAACAAAAUCCUUCCCCACAAGAGGAACAGUCAAUCAAAAUUUAUACAUAUUUCCCAUUGAUUCUUUUGCGUCGUACGUGGGAAUAGUAUAGCAUGAAAACGAAAAUAUAUUGGACAUGACAGCAUUUUGCAGCUGUCGCAUACUUACUUAUUAUCAAGAUAAUACCAGUCUAGGGCGAAAAAGUAAAAUUUAAGAUCAACUUUUGCAGGUUUAGUACGUAUCAAAUCAGUAAUUUUUGAUACAUUUUAAUAUGAGUCACGAAAUGACAAACUUCGCAGCUAAGUGAACACUUUUGUUUUCGUCACAAGUUGUGUCCAACAGUAUGCCAUCGGACAGUGGAUAACAGGAUUAUAAUUUUAUAUAUCUCAAUAAAAAAUGACACAUCUCAGACA